AAGAAAGUCAGCUGUGUGGAAGACAAUGACUCAUACACUUUUGCUGUACUGCUUGGUGUUUCUUUUGCCCACAGAGUCAUGUAGGACGUUGUACCAGGCUGCCAGCAAAAGCAAGGAGAAGGUGCCUGCCAGGCCAUACGGUGUAUGCGAUGGUGUCUGUACAGACAACUCCCAGUGUACUCAACCUUGCCCUCCAGACACUCAGGGAAAUAUGGGGUUUUCAUGCAGGAAAAAGACAUGGCACAAGAUCACUGACACCUGUCGGACUCUUAAUGCCGUCAACAUCUUUGAGGAGGAUUCACAUUUGGUUCAGCCAUUUGAAGACAAUAUAAAAAUAAGUGUAUAUACUGGAAAGUCUGAGACCAUAUCAGAUAUGUUGCUACAAAAGUGUCCCACAGAUUUGUCUUGUGUAAUUAGAGGCAUUCAGCAGUCACCCCGGAUACCAGGAAACAUUGCCAUAAUUGUGCAGCUCUUACACAACAUAUCAACAGCAUUAUGGACAGGUGUUGAUGAGGAAAAGAUGCGGAGUUACAGCACCAUAGCCAACCACAUUCUUAAUAGCAAAAGCAUCUCCAAUUGGACUUUCAUUCCUGACAGAAACAGCAGCUAUAUCCUACUACACUCAGUCAACUCCUUUGCAAGAAGGCUGUUCAUAGAUAAAUAUCCCGUUGACAUACCAGAUGUCUUCAUUCAUACUAUGGGCACCACCAUAUCUGGAGAUAACAUUGGAAAAAAUUUCACUUUUUCGAUGAGAGUUAAUGAUACCAGCAAUGAAGUCACUGGGAGAGUGUUGAUCAGCAGAGAUGAACUUUGGAAGGUGCCUUCCCCUUCUCAGGUCAUCAGCAUUGCAUUUCCAACUAUUGGGGCUAUUUUGGAAGCCAGUCUUUUGGAAAAUGUUACUAUAAAUGGGCUUGUCCUGUCUGUCAUUUUGCCCAAGGAACUUAAAAGAAUCUCACUGAUUUUUGAAAAGAUCAGCAAGUCAGAGGAGAGGAGGACACAGUGUGUUGGCUGGCACUCUGUGGAGAACAGAUGGGACCAGCAGGCCUGCAAAAUGAUUCAAGAAAACUCCCAGCAAGCUGUUUGCAAAUGUAGGCCAAGCAAGUUGUUUACCUCUUUCUCAAUUCUUAUGUCACCUCACAUCUUAGAGAGUCUGAUCCUGACUUAUAUCACAUAUAUAGGCCUGGGCAUUUCUAUUUGCAGCCUGAUCCUUUGCUUGUCCAUUGAGGUCCUAGUCUGGAGCCAAGUGACAAAGACAGAGAUCACCUAUUUACGCCAUGUGUGCAUUGUUAACAUUGCAGCCACUUUGCUGAUGGCUGAUGUGUGGUUCAUUGUAGCUUCCUUUCUUAGUGGUCCAAUAACACACCACAAGGGAUGUGUGGCAGCCACAUUUUUUGUUCAUCUCUUUUACCUUUCUGUAUUUUUCUGGAUGUUUGCCAAGGCACUCCUUAUCCUCUAUGGAAUCAUGAUUGUUUUCCAUACCUUGCCCAAGUCGGUCCUGGUGGCAUCUCUGUUUUCAGUGGGCUAUGGAUGCCCUUUGGUCAUUGCUGCCAUCACGGUUGCUGCCACUGAACCUGGCAAAGGCUACCUACGACCUGAGGCCUGCUGGCUCAACUGGGAUAUGACCAGAGCCCUCCUGGCCUUCGUGGUCCCAGCUUUGGCCAUCGUGGUAGUAAACCUGAUCACAGUCACACUGGUGAUUGUCAAGACCCAGCGACCUGCCAUCAGCAAUUCCAUGUUCCAGGAAGUGAGAGCCAUUGUGAGAAUCAGCAAGAACAUUGCCAUCCUCACACCACUUCUGGGACUGACCUGGGGAUUUGGAGUAGCCACCGUCAUCAAUGACAGAUCCCUGGCCUUCCACAUUAUCUUCUCCCUGCUCAAUGCAUUCCAGGGCUUCUUCAUCCUAGUGUUUGGAACCAUCCUGGAUCCAAAGAUAAGAGAAGCCUUAAAGGGUCGAGUAACCUCUGCAAAAAGGAGCUCCACAAUAUCAGAGAAGGCUUCUUCUGAAUUAUCUUGUCAUCCCAUCAAAGGCCCAAGUUAAGAAACCAGGCUACAUUCCUAACCUGGGAGGUGAGUGCAAAGCAAGGGAUUCCCAUAUAUGUCAUAUAUGUGACAUUUCUUUUAAAAUUGCAAUUUGAUUAAUUAUAAUUGGAAAUGAUUUUUUCUUCAUUAAAAGGAUUCUCCUAUACAGUCUAUUCUCACCUAGCUAUGGUUGGAAAUAUAUUCACACUUCAAAUUCUUAGGCUACUGAAAUUUUUUUGGCCCCGAAAAUUAAGCAGGCAUGUCUGAAAAUGCUUUUAAAUUAGCCUGGGUGACUUUUAGAUGGGAGUGAGGAGAGCUGCUUGCUCUACUUAACUGCUCCCUCUCUUUAAUCUUCUAUCUAGUUCUCUAUCCCAGGACAUCCUAUAUGACAUCAGCAGUAUCCCCAAAUUUCCCAUUGUGGCCCGUUUCUUUUCCCUAGCAUGAAAAGAUCAAGGUAUGAUAAACAAUAUCUGUGAGAGGCCUCAGGGAUGAUGGAGAAGUUUAUUUACAUUUGAGAUCUUAGAGAGAGACAAAGAUAUAUAGAAAAACAGAAGUAGAGGAAGGAGCCAUAAGGGAAAACAGAAAUUCAGAUACAUAAAGACAGAGGGACAUGGUGACUCAUGACUAGAAGAGAGCCACGUAGAUACCAGGACACGUGCAGACACAAGUCUUCCAAUCCUGUGUCUCGAUGUCCCUCUGGAUCUGGAGACAGAAAAGAGAGGAAGACAGAGGAACCCACACUGAAAUACCCACAUUCAUAAUAAGAGACAGAGAGAUGCAGGGAAGGGAUAAGAGAUGCAUUGGGAGACCCAGAGAAAUGCAGAAAAACAAAACAAAACAAAACAAAAAACAAAAACAAAAACAGAGAGAUUGACUCACAGAGACACAUACAGCAUGACAGAGACAGAAACAGAGACAGAUGCACUCAGCUAUGUAGAGAGGGCCUCCCAUCCCUCAUCCCAACACAUCCAGGCUCCAGCAGCGUUUGUGGCUUUCUGCAGCAGUUCAGUGCCUUGUAUGAAAAAUGGGUCUUUUUCAAGACGUGUUACAAUGAAAAGGAGGUGGUCCAGCUUAGAGAAAGACAAGGUGUGUAAUUCAGCAUUUGUGGGCAACAGAAAAGACUGUUCUCUGGAUUCCAAAGUGGCUUAAAGGGAGAAGACUCUCCAUCGGCCAUAAGGGAUGUACCCACAUGGGCUCAUUAUUCAAGACAGUGAGCUUAUCAUGCAGAUGUUAUAAAGCCUAUGAAUCUUGCUACUUGUACAUGAAAGCUGUGAUCUUCUGUUCUUGACAAGGUUGUAUAUUCCAGGAAUGGCAGAGCCCAAAGGAGAAAUGUGCUCAUUCCUGUCUUCUUGCCUCUGGAGAAUAUGUAGGAAGCUCACACAUGUGGUGCUGAUGGAGGAGGGCGUGAUGUACAGAAAGGAUGAAAGCCUCCUCUGUCUAAGCUGUUCUGUGCUACUAAAUGUUUCUCAUCCAUCAACUGUACAUAGCUACAUAUACGUCAUGCUGAGCAGCCACAGCAAACAAAAAGACAAAGGGGGUCACCACCGUGGUUUUUGUUGGGGCUUUUCCACCUCUUUGCUGUUGGGUCACAUUUGUCUUUGGAAAGCAAGCUCUGUCUCAUCUUGGGAAAGGCGGCCUGGGAUUUCACCUGGCUGGAUUCUGUGUGUUGCUGAGGGAGGAGCCUCAUGAAUAGUCACAAAGAGUUGGGCUGAUUCUAACUAGGUCAUUGCUGAUUUUUUUUUUUUUUUUUCCCAAAAGGAAUCCACUGCCAGUAUAUUCUACUUUUUCAAAUUUAAAUAGAUUGGAUGGUCAACCUGGUGUGGGCUUAGAUACAACUUCCUUGGCCAUGAACCAAGGGGAAAAGCAUAGAGUUUUUGAGACAGAAAGAUGACUAUUUUCAGUUAAGGAGAUGAAAGCCUGGAGUUGUGAGUCAAUGCUAAUCAAGGACUGAGCCAGAGGUAGAAACCCAAGUCUGCUGGCUCCUAGCCCUGCACUUCCUCUUCAAGACUGUGUAGCCACUGAAAGAUCUUCUGCCUACACUGAAAAUGUAAGAUCAAUCCUCACCAACAAUAUGCUUUUUUGAUACCUGGGAUUGGAGAGAGGAAAUAUCACCUUUCCAAUUCAGAGCUGCUCAUUUUCUUAACUUGUAUGUAAACAAAUUCAACAUUCAAACCAGGUGUUACCUGAUAGAACAGUAUUGUAGGUAGAAGCUCUUUGAGAAAAAAAAAGCCUCUUUACAAAGCAAGGACACAGAUGACGGCAGCAGCAUCUAACUAGCGGAUAAAGGCAAAGGGGCAAUGGGCAGCCUCUAAUUAUCCCAACAAGAAGUCAGUAUUAAUGAUGUUUCAUUACAAAGGAGAAAGUGGGGCUUACUUUAUGUAUGAGUGCAGUUCCUUCCUUCCUUCCUUCUUUCCUUCCUUCCUUCCCCCCU